CUCUGUUCUUCUCCUUCAGUAUUCUCCUCUCCCACCUAACCCCCCCGACAAAUUUUCCACCAUGGCGCAUAUAUAACGUCUGUAAAUACAAAUGUUGAGGCAUCGCUCUCGCAGUUUCUUCACCGGACCCAAGUCUUCCACCAACUGAGCCUACCUACCCCUCACAUGGCGGCUUCCUCGGGAAUUGCCCUGACAUCUUCUCGGGUCGCUCUGGGGGACCAGGCUCUUGGGCAUUCCUUCCCUUCCAGCAAUUCCCCCUUCAGGUCGGUCGAAUAUACAAGGAAAGUGAGGUUGCCCAAGAUGACAGCAGUGGUGAAAGCAAUGAGUGGCCACAACCACGUGGAUAUUGAUCUGACUUUAAGUCCAAGAGUGAAUGCUGUAAAGCCCUCGAAAACAGUUGCCAUAACUGACCAAGCCGUAGCUCUUGCUCUUGCUGGUGUGCCUGUCAUCAAAUUAGCCGCUGGAGAACCUGACUUUGAUACACCUGCUCCGAUAAGAGAGGCCGGGAUAAAUGCAAUACGGGAAGGUUAUACGAGGUACACUCCAAACGUGGGCACAUUAGAACUUCGAAAAGCAAUUUGUCAGAAGCUGAAAGAGGAGAAUGGGCUUCCAUAUACUCCGGACCAGAUUGUAGUCAGCAAUGGAGCCAAGCAGAGCAUUCUUCAGGCAGUUCUCGCAGUCUGUUCUCCAGGUGACGAGGUUAUAAUACCAUCUCCCUUCUGGGUGAGUUACCCCGAAAUUGCAAGACUUGCCGAUGCAACACCGGUGAUUCUCCCAACGCACAUCACUGAAAAUUUCCUGAUGGACCCUGAGAUCCUGGAAUCUAUGCUUACCGAGAAAUCGAGAGUGCUUAUCCUCUGUUCGCCCUCUAAUCCCACAGGGUCUGUUUACUCAAAGAAAGUGCUGGAAGAGAUUGCUCGCGUAGUCGCCAAGCACCCAAGACUUCUGGUUCUGUCAGAUGAGAUCUACGAACACAUAAUCUAUGCCCCAGCAACUCAUACAAGCUUUGCAUCGUUACCGGGCAUGUGGGAGAGGACCCUGACUGUAAACGGGUUUUCAAAGGCCUUCGCAAUGACUGGGUGGCGGCUUGGGUACAUCGCAGGUCCAGAACACUUCAUUGCUGCAUGUGGGAAAAUUCAGAGCCAGUUCACUUCCGGCGCAAGCAGUAUUUCUCAGAAGGCUGCAAUGGCUGCAUUAGGACUAGGUUAUGCUGGUGGCGAAGCUGUUUCCACAAUGGUUAAGGCCUUCAGAGAGCGGCGAGAUUACUUGGUUAAGAGCUUCGGCGAGUUGGAGGGUGUGAAGAUAUCAGAGCCCCAGGGAGCUUUCUAUCUCUUCAUCGAUUUCAGCUGCUACUACGGAUCAGAAGUUAAGGGGUUCGGUGUAAUUGAUGGCUCAGAGUCCUUAUGCCGAUACCUGCUGGACAAGGCUCAGGUUGCAUUGGUCCCAGGGGAUGCCUUCGGAGAGGACACUUGCAUUCGCAUAUCCUACGCUGCUGCACUCUCGGAACUGCAAAAUGCAGUCGAGAGAAUCAAGAAAGCCCUUGUCCCGCUCAGGCCGGCUGUUCCCGUUUAAGUCCAUGGAGACGAUGUCAGUUUUAGCCUGUCUUUACUUGUCUGUGUAUGAUUAUUUCCAUGGAGACUCUGUUCUGUUGUUGUACUUGCUUUUGUUGCAAAUAUAUUUUUAUGUUGUUUGAGUAAACUUCAGCUAUGACAUUUAACAUCGAUUGUUUUCCCAUAUUUUAAUGAAGACAUGAGGUGAAUUCAUCGAUCA